UUUUCCUUUUAUUUCUCUAUUGUUCGUUUUUCACCGAUGGAAUUCUCCACUUUCUCCUCCGAUAUUUGUAUUCGAAGAAAACCCUAAUCGUGCGUUUUCUCAUUUUCGCUAUUUCACGCAAGCAUUCUCGAUCUCGCCGUGGAAUUCUGCACGGUUUUUUUUUUUUCCUUUUUUGUAUUUCCUUUGUAUUUUCUUCUUUGGGAUCUUUUUCUUAUCAAUUUUAUUUUUCGGAUUGUUCACGCUGAAAGGUAAUUGACCAAAAUGCUGAUCAAGGUGUGCAUGGUUCUCUUUGUUUUAUUGAUUUCUUGAGUUAUGCUAUUUCUAUUGCAUUGUUAUUGGUUUAAAUGAUUUCUAUCCUCCAAAUUGUUUAAUUUAGAGCUUUGGACGACAAAGAGUGAUUCGUUUGAGUUGUUUUUGUGGAAGUAAGUUUAUAUUGAAUGGAACUGUUUUCGAACCUGACUGGUUAGAGAGAAGUUUAAUUGUUUAAUUAUAGACUGGUUCUUGGCCCAUUGAAUUGUUCUGAAUAUUAUCACUAUUUUCUUUCCUAUUGUUUAUUUUGGAGAAUUAUAAAUAAUAUGGUGUAGUAUGGAGGUUCGUGGUUCCUAUCUAUCUGCAUCAACAUAAUACGCACUUAGGAGGGCUGGUCAUUUAGUUGAUAAGUCUCGCUAGAUGGUAUUCAGUCUCUGCAUUGGAAUUGCAUUUCAUGGAAUUUCUUCUUCCUAACAGUUUGCUAUUUUAGAGUUUAGUACUAAUCAACACAUAACAUAACAUGCGGAAUAGUUGGUUCUUUUUCCUGGAUCUCGAUGGAGGAUCUCCAUACAUCUACCCACCAGAUCCCCUUGUUUAUCAGAGUUUUGGGGGUCAUUUGUUGUCCCAGAUUAGUUCAUUUGUUGACAAUUCUCUCCAUCAGUCGAGAUACAUAUAUUUCCCUGGAAGUUUAGUGCUUCAAGAAGCUUUUAACUGCUUUUCAAAAUUUGCUGGAGCUUUACUUUUCUGGUGUUCAGCUGGAUCAAACUCCAAUAUACAUCGGAAAGUAUCAGAUAGUCCACAUGGAUCAAAACAUAGAAGUUUUAAAUCCUGUACACAAAUCAAGCAAAUCACUUCUUGUAGACAUAAUCUAGCAGGGCUGCACUCCAGUUCUAGAUCAAGACCAGAAUCUACUUUCCCAUUGCUUUUUGAUAGGAUCGCGAAUUCCACAAUAAGCCAACUGUGCAAUGAAGUUGAACAGCUUCAGCCCUUUCCUAUGUUCAUGCUAGCUGCUGCUUUGGUACCUCCGUUUGACAAAAGCUUAUCCCCCAAGGUCCUGCAUGUCCCUCUAGAGAAUACUGAUGUAGAAAUCAGUGGACACUUGAAUCAAAGAUCCUGUGUGGAUGAGCACCGGGGAUGCACUGGCUAUUCUUUUCUAGACAUGGACUGGAGCAGGCAUGCAGUUGAGCCAAGAACAGGCAUUAAGUUCCCUACAAUUUUAGAUAACAUUCUAGCUGGGGAAAAGAGAUACAGUUUACCUCCGGAGGUCCUUGUUGGGACUGGUUCCAGAACAAUGACAAUUAUCAAAAUCAAAUCUCUGAAGCUUUAUGCAUUUGGUUUAUAUGUUCACCCUGACUCUGUCUGUGAGGAGCUGGAUCCAAAAUAUGCUUCCAUGUCUGUCAGUGAAUUGAACAACCAAUCAGAUUUUUUUGAGGAUCUUCUCAGGAAGGAUAUUCAUAUGACUGUUAGGCUUGUGGUCAAUUGUAAUGGGCUGAAAAUCAAUACUGUUCGGGAUGCUUUUGAGAAAUCUCUCCAAGCUCGGUUGGUGAAGGUGAACCCCAACACUGAUUAUCGCUGCCUCAGAGCAUUUGGUUCAUAUUUUUCUCAGGAUAUCCCAUUACCUGCGGGUACAACAAUUGAUUUUCGACAAACAGCAGAUGGGUGGCUAAUUACAGAAAUUGCUGGGAAACAGAUUGGAUCAGUUCAUAGCAAGGACUUAUGCAGAGCUUUCUUCGACAUGUACAUUGGAGAUGUUCCAGUUUCUGUAGAGGCGAAGGAAGAAAUUGCUAGAAACAUUGCUAGUAUCAUAAGACGAUGUUGAGCUAAGCUACUCGUGGCCAUUUUUUUGGUCCAAUAUUUGUUAUCAAUCAAUUCAGUGCUGACAUGGUGAGCCGUUGCAUGCUUGCUUGCUGCCUACUUGUACUGAAGAUUUGUUGCUCCUCCAGGCUCAGUUGUUACACGAUACCAGGUGGGCAAGUAGCGAAUAACAAUCUUUUAAUUUCCUAGCCCAUGCCCAUCUUGUAGGGGGACGUACACCACUACCAGCGGAGAGUGGAGUACGUUUAAUGCAGUUCCAAUAGCUCUCUUACUGGUGUCUGGAGUUUUGUGGACUGGCAUCGUCUUGUGCCCCAGUCGAUGUUUUUUUAUUGGGCAGAAAGGAUAAUUGCUUCAUUUUUUAAUAUUUUAAUAUUUUUGAAAGAAAGAGGGGGAGGGAUUAACCUUUCAAGUUUCAACUACUUGAGUUGCAAACUCGCUAUGUUUAACGAUUGUGUAAUUUUUCUUAAAUGAGUAAAAUGCCAAUACAUAAUCAAUUUCUGGACUGUAA